AUGCAGAGCCCCUGCAAGGCAAACCUAUAUACAAAAGAUGGGGACGAUCAGACAAACGAUGAUGAUAAAUACAACGAAAAAUUCGGAGUUCAGUUUCCGAUUGGAACAGGCACAAAUGAGUCUGGAUCUACAGUCAGGGAAUUACAAUCGUAUCUGGCUAUUGGGCGAAAGAAGCUUCAUGAAGCUGUUAAUGCAACAAGGGAAUCUACAUACUAUAAAAAGGUGAGCCAGCACUUCAAUUCCAGCUCUCCGAUAUUUGAAGAUGGAAUUGUUCCAGAUGGUGCAUCAAUACUGUUAUAUGCCACGUAUGCCCGCAAAUUGGAUGCACAUCAAUACUCUACCAAAGUUUCAGGUGCUAUAUUUGUGAAGGGACGUCUGAACAGGAAGAAUCGGAUGAUGCUUUCUAUGGCAAGGCGCUUAUCAAGGACCAAUGCCCCAUCUGUGACGGCAGAUCAGUUUGAGGACAAACUAUCCGAGGCAAUUGAGCAUCCAGAUAAAAAUGGGGAGAACGAUGAUAAAGGUGACGAUAGUGAUGCAAUCUCUCUUUCCUCUUUUAGGUCUCAGAAUAGCGCAAGCAACACGAUAAACAAGUCCAAUGAACUUUCAGAAGCGGCAACAGAGAAAAGAGUUAAUGAAAGGAUGACAAAUGUUAUUGCAUCAUCAAUUUCGCAUACAUUAAUUAGAAUUCGAAUAGGUUCAGAACAUGAAACAAGAAGUGCUCCUCCAGUUGAUGUCUACACGAAUCAGUAUGGGACCUUUUCGUGUGAAGUAACAACCGACUAUGUACCUUCAAGCAUUGAAGCCUCUUCAGUUUCGAACCCGGAGGUUUUCCAGGUUUUGGAAAUUGAAAUGAUACCAGAGGAGGGAGUUGGAGUAAUAUCGGAUGUUGAUGAUACUAUACGUGUCACCGGGGUCAUUGGAAAUAAGAUCGACAUUUUUAGAAACAUCUUUUCGCAGCCAUACGGUGAAUGCGUGAUUUCAGGGGUUGCCAAUUGGUACCGAGAAAUGCAUGACAGAUUCGGGUGUACUUUCCAUUAUGUUUCCAAUUCACCUUCACAGGUCUACAAUAUUGUUUAUGGGUUUUUGCGAUACGAUGACUUCCCGAUAAACUCGAUUCACUUGAAGCAGUACUUUGGAAAUAUAUUUUCGACAGUAAGAAUGGAUGCGGGCCAGAGGAAGCAGAAUUCCUUAACAGAGAUCAUGAAUGAUUUCCCCAAGCGAAGGUUUAUUCUAAUAGGAGAUUCUGGAGAGCAGGAUAUGGAAGCUUACUGCUCUUUGUGCCCUAAAUUUGGUACACAGAUAAUAGCCAUAUAUAUUCAUGCACUCGAAGGAUCAUUUUCAUCACAAGGGCUUGACCAUGAGAACGUUAAAGAGCUUCAAAAUAUUAUUGAUACCAAGACGGAAAGGAAGCAGACUGCUCCUUCAUUAGUGGAUUCAUACGAUGGGUCCAUUGACAGGAAGUUUUCCGUUAUGACGCCAGUGAAGUUGAACAAUACAUCAAAAGUGGAUGCCAAUUCAAACACAAAAUUCAUUCCUAUAUCAGAUUCCUCGCAAGGGAAAAUAGUUCCAGCACAGCAAGCACAAAGAAGAACACUAAAGCACAGGAAGGUACCGCCUAUAGUUCCGGAUAAGCCAUGGAAUUUGCAUGGAGAGCCAAUUCCAGAGGCAAAGGCUCAAACUACUUCCACAAAGGCCAAUAGUUCAGAUGUAAAGAAUGGUGCCCCACCACUUCCAAUAAGAAGGCCAUCAGUGAGACGGUUCGCCUCGGAGAGUACAAGUCGUAUAAGUUCGACAUUAAGUAAUUCUGCAUCUAAAAUGGGCCACCUUCCUUGGCUUAAUUCGUCACCUAUCAGAGCAGAAGAUGAAGAAGCAGGUAAAUAUCCGGGAUACUACUCUACUGGGGACUUGGUACUGGACGAGAAGUUCGAAACAUGGAAGCAGAGAAUUAUGAAUGUGAUUUCGUAUCUGCCCGAACAUAUUGACCUCCGAUUUUGGUGGCACCCAGAGGAUCUUACAGACAGGUGCUUUUCUACUUUAGAGGAGCAAGAAAUAGACCACAGUGACAGUUAG